GUGCGAAACUGUUUAUAUCCUCCUCUGUUAACCGUCUCGUAAAGUUUUUACUAUGCAAAUCUUCGUAAAGACUUUGACUGGCAAGACCAUCACCUUGGAGGUCGAAAGCUCCGACACCAUUGACAAUGUCAAGCAAAAGAUUCAAGAUAAGGAAGGUAUUCCCCCAGACCAACAACGUCUUAUCUUUGCCGGUAAGCAACUCGAAGAUGGUCGCUCUUUGUCCGAUUACAACAUCCAAAAGGAGUCCACUCUUCACUUGGUCCUCCGUCUUCGUGGUGGUAUCAUUGAGCCCUCUCUUAAGGCUUUAGCUUCCAAGUACAACUGUGAAAAGAUGAUCUGUCGUAAGUGUUACGCUCGUCUUCCUCCUCGUGCCACCAACUGCCGUAAGAAGAAGUGUGGUCGUACCAACCAACUCCGUCCCAAGAAGAAGUUGAAGUAAACUACUCGCUUUUUCUAUUAUUAUCUUGUUUGGGUUUCUUUUUUAUAUUAAAAAAGAUCAUUUCAAACAAAUUUGUUAUAAUAAAAAAAAGGUUUAUUUUAUAAACUUUACAUUUUGACGCG